CACGUGACUAGUGGGGCAUGACCAGAAAGGAGCGUGGGGAAGAGUGGACCGAGGGACCCAGCUAGAGGUUGUCCAACUGGAGUUUCUGUCUCCCUAAAAGCCCAAAGUAAAACAAGUGAACACAAGGAGUAUGGUUCCGAGGUGAGUGAGGUCAUGAAGACACCACUGUUGGGCUUGGCUUUCUGUUCACUUCUCCUCCUUCCAGGACUCAUGUCCUGGACCUCCGAAUUGAAACAGAAAUGCAAGAAUGGCAGCUACGAGAUGAGUGUCCUAAUGAUGAAGAACUCGGCCUUCCCAGAGACAUCCCUGAAGAGCUUGAAAGGCGUGAAUCAGGGAAUGGAUAUAGUGAGAAAACGUCUGAAUAGUGAUGGCAUAAAUGUGAUUGUGAAUGCUAGCUUUAUCGUUUCGGACAGUGACAUUUAUAAGAAAAAUGACUGUCGGAGUAGCACCUGUGAAGGCCUCGACAUACUCAAGAAAAUUGCAACUGAAAAAACAAUGGGCUGUGUCCUCAUGGGGCCCUCGUGUACAUAUUCCACGUUCCAGAUGUACCUUGACACAGAUUUGAAGUAUCCCAUGAUUUCAGCUGGAAGUUUUGGAUUGUCAUGUGACUACAAAGAAACUUUAACCAGGUUGAUGUCUCCAGCUAGGAAGCUGAUGUACUUCUUGGUUGACUUUUGGAAAAACAAUACAUUCCCAUUUAAACCUUUUUCCUGGGACACUGCAUAUGUUUUCAAGAAUAGUACCGAGACUGAGGACUGUUUCUGGUACCUCAAUGCUCUGGAGGCUGGAGUUUCCUAUUUUUCUCAGAAACUUAGCGUCAAGGAUAUGUUGAGGGGAAAGGACGAGUUUCAGGAUAUCUUAAUGGACCAGAACAGGAAAAGCAAUGUGAUUGUUAUGUGUGGUAAACCGCACUUCCUCAACAGCAUCAAGGGUGACAAGAAAGUGGCUGAAGACACUGUCAUUAUUCUGGUGGAUCUAUUCAAUGAUGACUACUUCAAGGACAAUGUCACAGCCCCUGACUAUAUGAAAAAUGUCCUUGUUCUGACACUGCCUCCUGAAAAUCGCACUUCAAGUAGCUCUUUCUCCCGGGAUUUAUCACCGGUCAAAAAUGACUUUUCUCUUGCCUACUUGAAUGGAGUCUUGCUCUUUGGACAUGUGCUGAAGACAUUUCUUGAAAAUGGAGAAAAUGUUACCUCCACCAAAUUUGCUCAUGCUUUUCGGAACCUCACCUUUGAAGGGUAUACGGGUUCUGUGACUUUGGAUGACUGUGGGGAUAUUGACAACACCAUGGUGCUUCUGUAUACCAAUGUGGAGACCAAAAAAUACCAGUUUCUUUUGGCCUAUGACACCCACAAGAAUAAGACUAUUUCUGUGGAUAUGAACCCCACAUUCAUCUGGAACAACCAAAAACUUCCUAAGGAUAUUCCAGGCAAGGAAACAGGACCUCAAAUCCUGAUGAUUGCAGUCUUUACUCUCGCAGGAACUAUGGUCCUGCUCCUGCUCAUUGCUCUCCUGGUUUUCAGAAAAUAUAAAAAAGAAAACGAACUUCGCCAGAAAAAAUGGUCCCACAUUCCUCCUGAAAACAUCUUUCCUCUGGAGACCAACGAGACCAACCAUGUUAGCCUGAAGAUCGAUGAUGACAAGAGACGAGACACAAUUCAGAGACUACGACAGUGCAAAUAUGACAAAAAGAGAGUAAUUCUAAAGGAUCUCAAGCACAACGAUGGCAAUUUCACAGAGAAACAGAAGAUAGAAUUGAACAAGUUGCUUCAGGUUGACUAUUACAACCUAACCAAGUUCUACGGGACAGUGAAGCUUGAUUCCAUGAUCUUUGGGGUGAUAGAAUACUGCGAGAGAGGAUCUCUCCGGGAAGUUUUAAAUGACACAAUUUCCUACCCUGAUGGUACUUUCAUGGAUUGGGAGUUUAAGAUCUCUGUCUUGUAUGAUAUUGCUAAGGGGAUGUCAUAUCUACACUCCAGUAAGACAGAACUCCAUGGUCGCCUGAAAUCCACCAACUGUGUGGUAGACAAUAGAAUGGUGGUGAAGAUCACUGAUUUUGGCUGCAAUUCCAUUUUACCUCCAAAAAAAGACCUGUGGACAGCCCCAGAGCAUCUCCGACAAGCCAGCAUCUCUCAGAAAGGAGAUGUCUACAGCUACGGGAUCAUCGCACAGGAGAUCAUCCUGCGGAAAGAGACCUUCUACACGCUGAGCUGCCGGGACCAAAAUGAGAAGAUUUUCAGAGUAGAGAAUUUCAACGGAAUGAAACCCUUCCGCCCAGAUCUGUUCCUGGAAACAGCAGAGGAAAAAGAGCUGGAAGUGUAUCUACUUGUAAAAUCCUGCUGGGAGGAAGAUCCAGAAAAGAGACCAGAUUUCAAGAAAAUUGAGACUACACUGGCCAAGAUAUUUGGACUUUUUCAUGACCAAAAAAAUGAAAGUUAUAUGGAUACCUUGAUUCGACGUCUACAACUGUAUUCUCGAAACCUGGAACAUCUGGUGGAGGAAAGGACACAGCUGUACAAGGCAGAGAGGGACAGAGCUGACAGACUUAACUUUAUGUUGCUCCCAAGGCUAGUGGUAAAGUCUCUGAAGGAGAAAGGCGUUGUGGAGCCUGAACUAUAUGAGGAAGUUACAAUCUACUUCAGUGACAUUGUAGGUUUCACCACUAUCUGCAAAUACAGCACCCCCAUGGAAGUGGUGGACAUGCUCAAUGACAUCUAUAAGAGUUUUGACCACAUUCUUGAUCACCAUGAUGUGUACAAGGUGGAAACCAUUGGUGAUGCCUACAUGGUAGCUAGUGGUUUGCCUAAGAGAAAUGGCAAUCGGCAUGCAAUAGACAUUGCCAAGAUGGCCUUGGAUAUCCUCAGCUUCAUGGGGACCUUCGAGCUGGAGCAUCUUCCUGGCCUCCCAAUAUGGAUUCGUAUUGGAGUUCACUCUGGUCCCUGUGCCGCUGGAGUUGUAGGGAUCAAGAUGCCUCGGUAUUGCCUGUUUGGAGAUACCGUCAACACAGCCUCCAGGAUGGAAUCCACUGGCCUGCCCUUGCGGAUUCAUGUGAGCGGCUCCACGAUAGCCAUUCUCAGAAGAACUGAGUGCCAGUUCCUGUAUGAAGUGAGAGGAGAAACAUACUUAAAGGGAAAAGGAACUGAGACCACCUACUGGCUGACGGGGGUGAAGGACCAGGAGUACCACCUGCCAACUCCUCCCACUGUGGAGAAUCAACAGCGUUUGCAAGCCGAAUUUUCAGAUAUGAUUGCCAGCUCUUUACAGAAAAGACAGGCCACGGGGAUAAGAAACCGAAAACCCACACGGGUAGCCAGCUACAAAAAAGGCAGCCUGGAAUACAUGCAACUGAACACGACAGAUAACAACAGUACCCAUCUUUAAAAACCUAAAUGGGGUCAGAGGACUCAGGCAAAUGAAGGACAGCUGUACUUAGGCAGUGGCCUCAAGGUUCCUGAACACCUCCAUUUCCGUAAGACCUCAGUGGAACAGAAGAAGGGUCAGAUGCAUUCUAAGGAGCCUUGGCUGCCCUGUCUGGAACAUUUUUGGAGAAUAUUCUGGAACGUUCUGGAAAAGUAAAUUACCUUUUACUCUGGAGCCUGAUCUUAAUAUUUGCUUCAGGGAACUUUAACCUGGGGAAGAAGAGAAAUGAAUGUACUAUCUCAAAAUUGAGGAGAUUUUGUUCUCAUUUCAUUUAUUUUGUUUUUGUUUUGUUUACUGGCUCUUUUUCCUUCUGUAUUCAUGAUAGAAUUUUUUAAACUGUCACAAUUAUAUUUUAAGUAUCUUAUCCAUUAAAUUAUAUUUAACUCAAAAUUUUUGCAGAAAAAUAUGCUGCAUAUAAGUCAGGACUAAAAGUUAAAAGUUUACUGAGUCCACCUAUUCCACCCAUUUUCCUGAAAUGCACCAGCCAUCAUCUUGUGCUCGCUGAAAAGCUGACUGAAUUCCCCCACACUGAAGCAGGGCAAAGCUAGUGUUGUUGCUCAGGGCUCAGAACCUUGACAUUCAGUAUCUCCUGUAGCACAUGAAGGGAUUUUGUGUCUAGCCCUCUACUAGACACAAGAGGCAGGCAGGGCUUGCAACUGUCUCAGAUCUGGGAUAAAGUCAAAUCCUGUUUAUCUGUAAAGACAGUAGUACUUCAAAGUACAAAUAUCCCCUUCCAGCAGCCAUCUCCUACCCCUUCUUGUGGUACCCCAGCAUGACUCAUUUGCUUGAAAUCUAUGGGGAAAUGGCAAAAGUCAACUAACUGGUGUUGAGUAGACUAGAAUCAACAAAGGCAAAACAAGCAUGUAAUAUUUCUGGCACUACCUGCAGAACUAAAACAACUGCUUCAAACAUAUUACUCCUCACCCAGGUCUCUACCCCAAAAACCACUCUACAGAUUAAGAAACAUGUGUCUUCUUCAUCACCUAGAAAAGCAGAAAAUCAAAAAGUAAAUUAUCUCCUGAUUUACAGGUUGAGAACUUAGUAUACAGCAAGAGUCGUUACUUACAAUCCAGAGGUUUAUAAUCUGUGCCUCAGUGUGCGGCACAAGAAGACAUUUUGCAUGGGGAUGAGGUUGAUGAGGUUGUGAUGUAAAAGUUCCUGGUCAUUCAUUUAAUAAACAUAUAUUGAGCAUCUUUUCUCAUUCUAAGAACUCGGCUUAGUGUUGUAGUUAUGGAAACAUGGUCUCUGCCGAGCUUUGAAUUUUAUAGGUGAGAGAGAACUGUAAAGAGAUAAAUGGGUUUGGGUACAAAGCAACAUUCUUGACAACAGACAUACUUAGCAACUCUAAGACCAACCAGGAAAACUCAAAAUCAUCUUUAAUGCUAAGGGGCACUGAUAAAAACAACUUCUCAAUUGAAAGCUCAUGUUAGUCUUCUAUUGUAGAAUCUACAUGACAGUGAAACAUUUCUUAACCUUGAAACAGAUGUGUGGCCUCCGCUUGUCCCCCUAACUGUGGAUAUAUGAUGCCAGUGACUAACAGUGGGACCCAGGCAAGGGUCAAAUUCCUGCACUGCUCUUUUCUAGCUGUGUGUUAAGUAAUGUUUCUAAGGUCCUGGUAUUUCAUUAAUAAACCAUGAAUCAUAAUAUGCACCUAAAGGAGUUAUUAUAAAGAUUAUUUUUUAAAUGAACUUUGUCAAGCAGCCGAGCAUAGUGUCAGCCACAUAGUAGGUUCCUGACAAAUAACAUUUACCUUCAACUUUUUCCAUCUCUCUACUUGUUUUAUAAAUCAGAAGUAAAACAGUUCAAACCUGGGACGUCCAUGUGCACAAAGUAUACAUAAUUUAUUUUUAACAUUUGAUUAUAGAAUUUUUAAAGUGUACACAUAAGUAGAGGGAAUAACUAAUGAAUCCCUAUAUAGUCAUAAUUAGUUUCAAGAAUUAUCAACUAGGGUUUCCGGGCAGGAAUUCCUGCCUGUUCUCAGGAUUUUUUUUUUCUGCUUUCCCG